CUUCGUGCGGCUGAACGACGUCACUCAUGUUGCCAUUUUCUGCACACAGGUUUGAAAAAUAUCCUUGAAGCCAUCGCAAUUGGAGGCCAACACGAUGACUCAAAGGCAGAUCGUUCAAGUAUUCGAGCAGUAUAACAAAUCAAGAAUGCAGUUUGUGCAAACGGUUGCUGAUUUGGCAGAUCGACCACAAAACAUAGAAAUCCUCCAAAAAGCGGGUGUCAUGUCCAUGCUGAGGCCCCUGAUGCUGGACGUGGUUCCUGGCAUCCAGCAGAAAGCAGCCUUGGCUUUGGGACGACUGGCUGACCACAACGUUGACCUAGCAGAGUCUUUGGUGAAAGAGGACAUCCUGCCUCAGCUCAUCCGCUCCCUGACCCUGCAAAAUAGGUUAUAUAAGAAAGCAGCAGCAUUUGUCCUGCGAGCGGUGGCCAAACACUCCCCUGAACUGGCUCUGGCGGUGGUGACAAACGGGGGUGUGGACGCGCUGGUUCUCUGUCUCGAAGAGUUUGACCCCGGUGUGAAAGAAGCUGCUGCUUGGGCUCUGGGCUACAUUGCGCGACACAACGAGGCCUUGUCCCAGUCCAUUGUGGACGCAGGUGCCGUCCCCAUGCUGGUGUUGUGCCUCCUGGAGCCUGAGAUCGCCCUCAAACGCAUCGCCGCCUCGGUGCUCAGCGACAUCUCCAAACACACGCCAGAAUUGGCCCAAAUCGUGGUGGAAGCUGGCGCCAUUGCACACCUGGCACAGAUGAUCCUCAACCCAGACACCAAACUCAGGAGGCAGGUAUUCUCUGCUCUGGGCCAGAUCAGCAAACACUCCGUCUGCUUGGCAGAAUUGGUGAUUGAGGCGGACGUCUUUCCUGCAGCCAUGAUGUGCCUCAGGGACCCGGACGAGUGUGUCAAAAAAAACGUCACCAUCCUGAUGAGGGAGGUGGUUAAACACACCCCUGAGCUGUCGCAGGUGAUAGUGAACUGUGGCGGAACCUCAGAAGUGAUCACCUACCUUGGGGAGUGCCGUGGAAGUCUGAGGUUGCCAGGGAUCAUGAUGUUGGGUUAUGUGGCAGCGCACAGUGAGAACCUGGCCAUGGCUGUCAUUCUUUCCCAGGGGUUGCUCCAGCUGGCUCUGUGUCUAUCAGAGGAGACGGAACAUCACAUCAAGGCCGCCACGGCCUGGUGCAUAGGCCAGAUAGGACAUCACACGCCUGUGCACGCCAAGGCCGUGGCCACCGCUAACCUGCUACCCAAGCUGCUACAACUCUACACAGAUGCCAGCAGCUCAGAAGACCUGCAGACCAAAAGUAAAAAGUCCCUGAAGAUGAUCCUGCAGAAGUGUACCUUCCUGCCGGCACUGGAGUCCCUCCUCUAUGAUGCACCAACGAACAUCAUCAAACACGUAGUCUGCCAGUUCAGCAAGGUGUUACCACAUGACAAUCAGGCUCGCCGACAGUUUGUCACCAGCGGGGGGUUAAAGAAAGUGCAGGAGAUCCAGGCGGAGCCAGGCUCCCCCCUGCAGGAGCACAUUAAUUCCAUCAACAGCUGCUUCCCAGAGGAGAUCGUCAGGUACUACUCCCCAGGCUACUCAGAGGUGUUGCUAGAGCGCUUGGAGAAUUUUAAGCCAUCCUGAGACCAGCUUGCAUUUCCUGUGCAACAUCGCUGUAAAUACAUGUGCUUCACGUACAGCACGCCUCAGAUCUUCAGUACACCGCUGGUUGUUUGGACGUUCUUGAUAGAAUGUAGGAUAUCAUCAAAUCAUACAGACUGCUGAUGGGAAUAUGCUGAAAUAAGUAGAUUAC